AUGGCGGAUCGCCGGCCGAACAGGCCCCCGGUGAAGUUUCGGGAAGGUUGCAUGAUUUUUGGCAACACGACGCUUGGCCACAGCUCGGUCAAAUUCAGACCCCGGCGUAGGCAACAGGCUCAGCCGCAGCCGGCGGUGCUUGAGGACGCUGAGGAGGCGCCCAAUGUCACCCCGGACGCGCCCCUGGAGAUCGAUCCAGAUGUUCUGUACAGAGCGCAGCAAAUUUUCAUGAUCUUGAACUCAUCGGGAGUCGUAGCUCCUGCUGGUACGCCGGAGCAAG